CUCAGCGCGGCGGCUCCGCGGCCGAGCGGCGGCCAUGGCGGCUGCUGUGCGCGGCUCCGGCACGGUGAGCGAGGUGAGCGAGAUCCAGUAACAUCUUUUUUCCUACUUAGAGAAGUUGCUAAGAUUUCUCUUGAUUUGAGGACAUUGCUGGAAACAACCUCUGUGGGCAGAUAUGGGCUGCCGGGAUGUUCACGCGGCGACCGUACUGGCCUUCCUCAGUGGAACAGCCUCAGUGGCUGGGCUCCUUGCAGCAGUUCUGCUUCCCAACUGGAGGCAGAUGAGACUGUACACAUACAACAAGAACGAGAGGAAUGUGACCGUUUACACUGGACUCUGGAUUAAGUGUGCACGCUUUGAUGGGAGCAGAGACUGUGUGAUCUAUGACCCACAGUGGUACACGGCUGUCGAUCAGCUGGAUUUGCGUGUUCUUCAGUUUGCCCUUCCUCUGAGUAUGUUUACUGCUGUCUCGGCUCUGUUCCUCUGCAUGAUUGGCAUGUGUAACACAGCCUUUGUAUCGAGCGUGCCAAACGUCAAACUGGCCAAGUGCCUGGUAAACAGUGCAGGCUGCCAUCUCGUGGCCGGCCUCUUGUUCCUGCUUGCCUGUGCCAUUUGUCUCACUCCGUCCAUCUGGGUCAUUUUUUAUAACAAUUACCUGAACAGAAAAUACGAGCCCGUCUUCAGCUUUGACAUCUCUGUAUUUAUUGCCAUUGCCAGUGCUGGCGGUCUGUUUUUCACUUCCAUCCUGCUGUUCCUGUGGUACUGUGCAUGCAAAAGCCUCCCUUCUCCUUUCUGGCAGCCGCUGUAUUCCCACGCCCCCAGCAUGCACAGCUAUGCCUCUCAGCCCUACUCCGCACGUUCUCGCCUCUCUGCCGUAGAAAUUGACAUUCCUGUUGUGACACAUUCAUCUUAAGGAGACAAAGCCUUGGAAGCCAAGUUCUUGUGCUCAUUCAAGCCAUGAAAAUUGCAGGCUUGAUUCUCUGCCCUGCACUGAGCAUAAUCCUUUGUAAAGUCAAGUUUCCCAAGGUGCAAAGCCGUGGAGGCCUGAGUUCAGCAAGUCUGUUGCUGUUCUGGUCUGUUUGUUACUUCCAGACCACCUUUCCUUUUUUUCUUUCUUCUUAUUUUUUUUUUGACUGAGCUCACUACAGUCGCAGUUGCUGCACAGUACACUAACAAUUGUAUGCAUCCAUCCUUUUGCUUCCUGAUGUCAAAGGAGAUCUGAAUGUUUUUGAAAUUUAAUAAGCUAUUCCUAGAUUCCGAUUUCAUUGUAGGACCCUUGCACCCGUGUAUUGUCCAGAUGCAGGCAGUGAAACUGGGUGUAGGGGAUUCACUGAGUUUCUUGUUCAUCCAGACCCACAUUGUAAUAUGUGAUGUCUGAAAAGGGUAUUUGGCAGACUAAUUCAGUUCUGUGCACUGUUCUUUGUUUUUUUGCUGUACACACAGAUACCUGUAUUGGAACGUCUGUAACGGAAUUAGUGCCAAAUUGCCCUUUAUUUUCAAAGUAGCUGUCAGAAGGAAUGAAACUAAGAUUUAACUAAAAAUGUUGUUCUGUGCUGUAAUAGCAUUUUGUGAAUUACUGGAGGCUAGAAAUCUUUUGUGAAUUUUAUUUCUAGUCUGUUUUUUACUAAGUUAGCAAAUUCACUAGAUCUAUUUUGUGAUUAAAAACACUAGUAUUUAAAAUUUGUAUUUAGAACCUUUAAUGUUUUAUUUGAAGGCCUUCUUAAAAAUGGAUUUUCAAGUAUGAUAUAAAGUGUUCAGUUCUGGAGAGAAAUGUCACUCACUGCAAAAAGGGUUAGAAAAAUCAUAAAGAAUUCUGAAGACUAGGAAAGAUUCUUUUGAAACACUGUAUACAAGCUAUAACAACAUCUCUCUGAAAAGGGAAUUAUAACCCUGGGGAGAGAUUUUUUAAUCUAGGUGUUUUUUAAAAGUGUAUAUACAAGGAACAAUAAGAUUGUGGUUUUUUUCAGAGUUGGUCUUUAUGGUUGAUGAACUUUUCAUGCUGUAGCUUAUUUCAUUACUGAUUAAGAGUUAACCUUUUCAGCCUGGUUCUUUAACACCUUUCACAUUCAGCUAUUUUAAAAUCCAGUUUUUUUUUCCUGCUGCCACCUCAUAAAUGCAGGAAGUUUCCUAUUCCUAUUUUCCAUAAGAUGAGAUUCUGAAUAACCUUUGAGCUUCAGCGUGUAGCUCUACAAGGAUGAGGAGGGAUUGUAAAUUCCCAACCUGGGAUGUCUUUAAAUCACUUUUUGCCUUCUAAAAUACAGAGCAGCAGGUGAGCCUUAAGGAUCCAAGCUCUUCAAUAUGGGCUUUGACAUAACUUGAAAAUUUCAUGAUGGUGAGUUGAAGAGUGCUAUAAUUAAAGCAAGCAUUUGAUUCUCUCAGGUUUUGGUAAAUUGAGAUGUCAUCCCAGUAAGGAAAGCUGUUUUGAUUGGUGGCAUUCUAGAGCUUAGUGGGUAUUUGCAUUUGAUUAAUCUCAGAAUAAAUUUGUAUUUCUAAAAAAAUCAAAUCAAUUUCUUUAAUUCCAAUUCUGAAAAUUCAUCCAAGAUCCUGAAAACUAUUUAGUUUCCUCCUCUAGGUGUUAGAAAUAGAAACAAGUACUGUACUGGGCAAACUUGGUCUGUUAAAAUGUGAGAAAUAACAGUAUUUAAACAAUUGUGUUUUAGUUGGCAGAUCUCAGACUUCAGUGGACUGAAGGAGGAAGCUGAUCUCUAUCAUAAUUCCUAGCAUAGUCAGUAAAGUGACAGGCCAUUAACACAGUGCUUAACACUGUAGACAAUAAAGAAUAUGUAAGGAGAUAUGCCUCUAAAGGCCUAAACAUGAUACUCUCUUAGGUUUACAGGGUAUGAGAGUAUGAAGUAUCUUUUCUAAUCAGAUCAUGACUUGCAUGGGAUUAGAACGUGUGUAAUAAAGUUCUUCAAAACUCAACUUUGCUUUACUGUUAGUCUGGUUGUCCAACACUGUUGCUGGUUUAGCUGCCCGUAUCCUUUAAUGCCUGGUAAGGUCAAAGCAAAGGGGCCACUGGUUUGUGAUUUAAUGUCAUCUUACUUCUGCAUCACUUCAGUGUCUUUUCUUCUUUGUGCCUUGCUUCAGUUACGAGUUGGCCAGUACAUGUUACAGUCAGCAUCUGAUAACACUCUUUGAGCCUGAAUUUGCAAAGCAUUUUGAUAAUUUUUAAGAGCUGAUGAAUAUGUCUCUUGGUGACUUAAAAAGGAACUGAAUUUUCAGCAUCUCCAGAACAAGAACGACAGCCUGGCAAACUGUUGCUUUCUACAAGAAUAUAAGUUUAGCCAGUGUUGUUUUCUGUGCACUUUAAUAGCAGAUGCCUCUGAGAGCUCUUUUGUAUUCUGACUUUGAUUUUUAUGCACAGAACUUUUAAAUAGUAUUUGCUGCUGCCUAAGCUGAUAACUUCUUGCUUUGAAAAUUGUGUUUUUCCAAAAGUCAGAGAUAAAUGAGUUAUGAAAAGUGGAGCACCAGAAGGUAAUGGAUUCCAGUGUAGAUUUCAGUUAGCAAAAUGACUGUUAAAUCAUGUUCUAUGACCGAAGCACAGCUGGUUUUCUUUCAUCAAUGCUGUUAAUAUGUUUCUGCUGGAUCCUAAGUGAAAUUACCUGGAAGUGCUGUCCUGUAUUUACUUUGUUACAGAAAGACAUGGCCAACCUGUGACACUUGAGCCGAGUGCCACUCCAACAUUUUUUCUUGCUGAGGUUGCCAUUGUGCCCAGUACCAGGCUUCCCUGGAUUGGUAGAGAACACGUGUCCUGCAGGUAUGUCUGCCAGGGAACAGCCUCUGGGGAGACUGCACCUUCCUGGGCACUGCUGUGUGCAGGACAAGCACUUAGGGUCUUGAACAGAAAGAUUUUAAUUUAUAGCUUGUGCAGUAAAGGUUGGGUGCUCUGGGAUUACAAGAACCUGUAUUUUUUCAAGUAGUUCCUGUUCAACUUCUUUUAAUUGUGUUAAAUGUUGGUUCUUUUUAUGUGAAACAGAAGAUGUGUAUUUUUAAUAAAAGAGUCUCAUACAGA